UUUGCUCCUCAAACUGUGGGCGCGAAUUACACCGCAUACUUUGUUAAGAGUGGGCCACUGAAAGCUCAUUGCCACUACAAGGGGAAUCUUGGUGCUGAAAAUGCCAUUAAUGGCCACAAGCAACAACAGCACAGUUCUUCAAGAUGUUGUUGCCUAUGUGGAUGUGUGGUCUUCUGACAAGAGAGCCAACUAUUCAAAAACUUUCAUUCAGCAGCUACUACAAAUGGGCGCUCAGGUAGCAAAAACAUUUAAUAAACAAGUCACCCAUGUGGUUUUUAACAACGGUCAUCCUGCCACAUGGAGGAAAGCCAAAAAGAGUGAUGUGAAGCUCGUCUCUGUUCUGUGGCUAGAAAGAUGCCAUGACGAUGGUGUGCUGGCGGAUGAAGAGUUCUAUCCUGCCUUUAACGAUGACAGCAAUCCAGUGUUAAAGAACAGGAAACAUCGUUGCAUGCUGCCCAAAGACCGUCCAGUGAGAACGCCAGAAAAUGACAGACGCAUGAAGAAGAAGUUAGACAAGUUGAUGAAAGACAUGGCUCCCAAACAAACAUUAUUCACAGAUGAUUCACCUAUCAUUAUUGAUGAAGACAAUGGAAUCGUGUACAGCCCGACUUUUAAAAGGUCUGAUUAUAUGGCAGAGCGCUUGAAACACAUGAAAGAGAAAAAUGAAAAUAUCUCACCCACAGCCUCACAAAUGUCUACAUCAUCGGGAGUGAAGCCCUCACUGGGGAACUCACCGACUGUCUUCAGUUUUUUUUGUAAAAACUGCGCUGAGGAUUCCAAUGCAACUGCUGAACUUGGUCACUCAUCUGACAAGAAAAAAGUUGGUAAAGAGAGCGAUACCACUGAGCAAGACAAACUUGAUAAACCCCUUAGCAAAGACUUGGAAAAGCCUUGGCUCUCACCCUGCGGUGACAUUUCAAAACACCUGUCCACUAGUCCUUUGAAAUGUCCUGACUUUACGAUCAGUGAGGAGGAAGGAAAGAUGCCAAAAAAGGAAAGGAUGGCUUCAGCAACAAAAUCGCUAAUAGAGAAACCUAAAUCUGUGGGUGUAAUACAAAGUCUUGUGGAGGAGGUGACAUCCACUGAUGGCAAGGACGCUAGCAAAAGUAGGCUGAGGUCAGAGAUGCAAUCCAGCAGCUCGCUUGAUAAAAUGCUGCAACAGACAAUAGACAAGUUUGUAAAGGGGAGGCCAAAUAUUCAACGGGCCUUCACAGAGCUAAAGACCACGAAUUCUCCUGAAGCUGUCAGCUACUCUGGUCGCAUGUUGGGAGACACACUAUAUAAUGACCAGUCAUCACCACAGAACAAGGGAACACGAGGUGCACUCUCGCUCUCUGCGCUUGCACCUUCUUUUAGUUUGUCCAGCGAAUCUCGCAAUGUUGCUUCGAGUUCCUUUGAUGAUGUGUUUGAUGACUUCUCAGCCAAUCACUAUAAGAAACCCAAGAUUCCUCUCUUGCCCAUUCUGCCUGACCUGACAGAGUUCAACAUACCCUCUGAGUUGGACUAUGUCCCAAAGAAAAGAAAACAAACGAGAUCUGAAGUCGCUGCUACAGAAGCUAACGGUUCCAAGAAGAGGAAAAAAGAGGAUAGUAAACGCAGUUGUGCUCCACAGUCAGUUGCAAAUGUCUGUGCAGCAAAAGAUGUCAAAGAGAGUCUGCCUGCUUUUGAUCAUCCAGAUGAUCCCCGAACUCUGGCUCCAAUAACGCUAACAGAGAAGAUGACCACCUUGGAGCUGGAAAAACAAUCUGGUGUUUGUCAGUUAUCUCACACUUUUCAAAGUUUUUGCUUUGUUACCAAUGUAGGCAGAGGAAGUGAACGCAUGGGUGCAGCUCCUUCAACAGAGAGACCCGAUGAAUGCCAGGAGAAGCCCAAUAAGCGCCUCUGCUCUAUUUUUCAGAAAAUCAGCAAAGCAAAGUCAGUGAGAACGCUAGUCAUGACGAGCAUGCCUACAGAGAAACAGAACACGGUAGUUCAGGUGGUGAAAGCACUAGGUGGCUUUUCUAUCGCUAAUCGAGUUUGCGAGAACACAACUCACGUGGUUUCUGGGGAAUGCCGGCGGACUCUGAAUAUUUUGCUGGGCAUUGCUCGUGGCUGCUGGAUCCUCUCGUUUGAAUGGAUUCUGUGGUGUUUAGAGCAAAGGCAGUGGAUUCCAGAGGAACCAUAUGAACUUUACGAGCAGUUUCCGGCAGCACAGCUCUGCCGUCUUCAGAGGCAUCUAUCUUCUGGGGACCACCACCAGCAGGACCUGUUCCAGAACCAGCCGCCCAUGUUUGUGUCCCAGCAUUCCCAACCAACUGCUCCCAAUUUGAUAGAGCUGAUCCAGCUGUGUGGGGGGACAGUCUGCAAAAAUGUGCGUCAGGCUGGAAUCUGCAUAGGGAAGUACAGCGGCAGGAGACCCGUGGGAAGUAGGAUUCUGUCUGAGCAGUGGGUGCUUGACAGCAUCACUAAUUUGAAGCAGAUUUCAUAUGAUAAUUAUGACUUGGCGUAAAAACUGCUGAAUAUGCUGCAUGCAUAUCUUAAGUUUCUGCUCUUCAUCUUUCUUCAGAAAUUUGUGCUGAGGCUGACUAUACUGUAAUUACUCAAAUACACGUCCUAAUACAGUCCUUGUGCAUCAUCCACCUAAGACAAAAAACACCUCUGUCACCUAGAUGAUUCCUUUUUUCCAUUCGGAAAAAAGGAUAGUGAGUAUAUUUUUUUCAUCUUUUUUUAUGUUAUUGUUCUCACACUGACAUUAGUUAACUGCUGAGCCCAUUUUAACUCUCUUGCGUAGGUUGGGUGAGGUUGAUAACUUUAUUGAUGCUGAAAGAAAUUUUGGUUCGCUAACCAAAAUAGCUGCACCUACUAAUGCAUAUAUAAUCAGUCUCAUAGAAAUUAUCUCUGAGAAAUUAAAGUUUGGAGUCAUAAUGCAUGUUGUAAACGAGUUCCUUGCACAGUAUUGGAGAUGUUCUCACAAUAUGUGGAAAUAAUGUCUUUAACAGUGAUUAGCAUUCCAGUAGACUCUGACGUGAUGGCUCUACAUUGUGUACGUCCUGUUUUUGUUCCGGGGACCUACACAACUUGAUCCAUCCAUUCUGCUGUGGAUCUGGGUGGUUUGCUGCAUUCCUCCAUAUUAACCAAUUUGAUUUUGUUUUAAACUGCAGUUUCACUUGAAGUAAAUUAUAAUAGACAAUUAAUAUUUAAUAAAUGCUUUGCACAAAUAAAAGCCUCCUCCCUAAUAAAGACCUCACCUGUACUUGAGAAAAUAACAGCCUCAGGUCACCAUUUACAUGAAUGUGGUAAAGUCUGAAAUAUAAAAUUACUUUUUGUCCAUGGUUAUGCAUUGAAAACUACUGUCUCAAUAAAUUUUACCUUUGAGUUAUAUAGAUGGCUCCAUACAAAUACUUUAUUUGUGAAACGUGGUGCCACUUCUUGUGAAUGUUGGUAUACUUUUUUGUAAUGUCCGUCUCCCAGGCA